CCAAGGAACAGGGGUAAAGAAAAAGUCCUUUUAAAGCGCCAACACACGCACACUCAGUCCGUUAUUUUUUGCGUUUUUGAAGUUGAUUUCUACAUUAUGAACUUCUCUCUAAAACAGGAGUCUUGUUUUUCUGUGCAAGGUAACAAACUCUGGUAAGCCCGUUUAACUCUCUAAAUAGGCUAUAAAAAGAUAACCAGCGGUUUAUUACUGCGCUAAAAUGCCUACUGAACUAAAGCAGAGGAGGAAGACGCAGGCACAGAAGCAAAGCGAUGAACCAUCAGAAGGCUCAAACGGGAAAGAAGAAACGCAGAAAGUGAAGACUGAAGCAGGAGACGAGACAGGAGCGAACAAAACGUCCUCGGGCCUGGACAUUAGAAGUGUAAUGUGCUUGUUGUCGCUCGCAGCUUGCGGGGCUCUGAGCUGGUUGGUGCUGCAGCAGAAUGAGAAGUUUUCCCAGAUUGAGGAAAAAUACAGAUCUCUACACGGAAAAACUUCCAGUCUGUUCGACAUGGAGGAGGAGAUUGUCAGAGUUUCCAAAAAGAUAGAGCUCCCACAGAAACAGCACUCCUGUUUUGUGUUGCGGCUGCAGCUUGCCGCCUCUGAGGAUGACCUACAGGAUGCGCUCUCCACCAUCUCCCUGGUGACAAAACUCCAGCAGGACAUCUCCACCCUCCAUGCUGCUGUCACGACAAUACAGGCUGAUGAAAGCUCUGCCUCCCGUGAUCUGGAGAAGGUCAACGCCCACUUCCUCAACGUGACCGAGACGUGGCAAGAGAGUCUGGCAGCCAUCACCACCGAUCUCACCUCACUCAAGGCCGAGUCCAGGGACACUCAUGCAGGAGCCACAGAGCAGGUGAAUGAAGCCGAGCGGAGAAUCCGUUCACUGGCGGAGAGGCUGGAGGAGCUCAAGGACAGCACAAAGAGGAACGCCCGAGCUCUGGAGCGCACAGAGGAGGACGACGUCAAGCGAGCGCAGGAUCAGCUGGAUUGGAACACCAAGCAGAUCCACAAGCUGGAGGAGCAGAUCGGCAUCCUGAACAAGAGGGAGGCCGAGCUAAGCUCUCAGCUCCAGGAGCACAUUCCCCGUGCGAGGGCCUGCGAAGAGCAUCUGCCGGAGGUAGAAGAGGCGGUGCGCUCCAUCCUCAAACUGGGUGGAGAUCUGAGCGGGAUGGAGAAGAGGCUGGAGGAGGUGACCUUGCAGGUGUUCGGCACCGAGGACAGCAUGCUGAAAGCAACAAAUGAAAUCCUCGAGAUCAGACAGGAGCUGGACACCCUGCAGGCUCAAAACAGCAUCAUGAAGAUGAAAAAUGAGUUGUCCGUGGUUAAAGAGGCAGUCCGUGAACUCACCAUGGUGUUGAGGGAAAGUGGGGUUGACAGCCAAAUGAACUCUGACGCUCUGGAGGAAGUGGAAUGGAAUGAGGAGGAGGAAGAGUGGGAGAAAGAUGAAGAGGAUAAAUUGACCGAGCCUUUUCUUGAUGACCUCACAGAAUGAUGUCAUUGUUGUUGUUUUUUUGUCCACUAGGAAAAAUGAGUAGGAAUGUCCUGUUUAACUGUAGGCUGUAAACCCCUUAAGUUGAGUUUAGUAGUAUCUCUGUAAACUUUGUACCUCACUUUAAUGUCAGAAAACUAGCCUGAUGUCAACACGAGCUCAUUAAAACACUGCACUGUAUUACAGAAGUCGGAUACAUUUACCUUUGUGCACCAUUUUAUUAAAUAUGCCCGACUACUCUCAAGGUAUCCAUAUGCACUGAUACAGUUUUAAAGCAUUAAAUGUGCCAGUCUUUGUUCAGUCUUCUCUGUUUUUCUCUAUUUUAUUCAAAUGUAAACUGGAUAUGUUUUAGGUUUUAAAGUUUUGAUUGAGAACAAAGCAGUUUCAUAUCACCACCUUUGAUGCAAGGUCGUCAUUGUUGACCAUUUUCUUUGCACGUUUUUGUUGUUUAAACAGCAAAAGAUCCCCUGAUCAGUUGGAAACAAGCAAUAAUGAACAGGGUCAAUAAAAUUUCUAAGUGUUAGAUUAGAUUUUAAACAGAAGAAGCUUUGCAAAUAUCAAGACAAUCCACAUAUUUGAAUGUCACGUUUCCAUCUUGUUCUUGUGUCACCUGUUGUGUCACUAAGCUUAUUUAAUAAAACAAUCUUUUUUUUGUUUUUACA